AUGAUUCCACGGCAGGAUGAUGAGGAGACUCCUCUUCUGCAACGACCAGAGCCAUCAACAGCCUCUAGAACACCUCUACCAUGGGAUCAGUUUUCGAUCGUACUGUUCUUGGAGAUGUUAGAUCCUCUCUCUUCUGGUACCCUUUCCCCGUUUAUUCCCGAACUCAUUAGACACAUCGGGGUGACUCACGGAAACGAGUCCCAGGUUGGUCACUAUGUCGGCAUCCUUCAAUCAUCAUACUAUGUAGCUCAUGCACUGACUAUCUUUCAUUGGAGUCAACUGUCCGACCACAUCGGGCGGAAACCCGUGAUACUCAUAGCUCUAUUAGCAAUUUCUCUUUCGAUGUUUUCGUUUGGGAUCUCGAAAACCUUUCUUGAUCUGGUGGUCAGUCGUGUUAUCUGUGGAGCAUUCGAUGCAAGCAAUGGUAUCCUCAAAACCAUGGUGAUGGACAUCACUGACGCAACUAAUAUGCCUGAGGCAUAUGGCUAUGUACCAAUUCCGUGGAUGAUCGCAAACACAGUUGGACCAAUCAUCGGAGGAUCGCUCUCCCGACCGGCAGAUAGAUUCCCUGACAUCUUUGGGCGAUCAGAACUCCUGAAAACCUACCCAUAUCUCCUGCCAUGCUCUAUUUCGGCAUUUGUUUCAUCAAUAGCUUGGCUAGUCACGUAUUUUCGUCUUAAAGAGAGCAUUUCUAUCAAGGCACCACUUUGGGAACUGAUUAAAGGAGGAUUUUCCCGACAGCCAUCGAGCGAUGUUAUAGUCAAUCCUGGAGAAACUCAACCAAAGCCUCUUCCGCUGCGUGCCUUGCUGACCUCGAAAGUUUCGAGCGUAACAGUGAGCUAUGGCACCACAGCCCUGCUUCACAUGUCGUUCAUGUCCGUCCUACCUGUUUUCUAUGCGACACCGAUCGAACUUGGCGGUCUCUCCCUCGAACCUCCUCGCAUCGGCGUUUUACUUGCGGCACAAAGUGUCGCACAUGGCGUAUUUCAGCUACUUUUCUUCGCUCGUUUACAUGAUCACUUCGGUGCAAGAGCUAUCCAUGUCACCGGCGUUAGCUCCGGCAUACCUAUCGUCCUUCUAUUUCCAGCGAUCAAUGCUCUAGCUCGAGCCUAUGGGAUAGGUAUGGCGGUUUGGCUGUGUGUCGCCCUCCAGCUUAUGCUGACGAUCAGCCUGAUCAUGUGCUACCCUUGCAUGACAUUGUUUGUCAGAGCCGCCGCUCCCAGUCGCGCUUCAUUUGGAGCAACCAAUGGAAUCGCCCAGUUGGCUGUCUCAGCAGCAAGGAUCAUUGGCUCGGCGUCUGCAGCUUCGGUCUUCUCUUAUUCAUUACAGGAAGGGCAUGAUGCGUGGUUGAUAUACUACUUCUUGAUCAUAAUUGUAUGUCUCGCAGUUGGUACCGCGCUAUUACUUCCCCGU